AUGAUCCCGUCUGCUCAGUCGUCGGCGUCCCUCUCCACUCUGCCGUCGGCGAUCUGUCGCCGCCGGCAGGAUUCCAGGCGAUCCACGGAGAAAGAGAUCGCGAAUUCAUCUGUUUCUGACCUCCCGCUGUUUCGCCGGAGAAUCUCUCUCCGUGUCGUCAAAUGUGGCUCCGUGGAGAGCGGGCUGUACCCCAAACCGCGGCGGAAACCUGCUCCGGCCACCACCGGGGAGCUUGAUACUGAGCAGAAGCUGGCGACUCGAUCCUCGAAGGAGAAUUGGGGGAUCUGUCUGCAGAUCGAGAAGCUGGUCUUCUUCAAAAGGUACCAUGAAGCCCUAGAACUGUUCGAGAUCGUCCGAGCGAGGGUCUGCGGCGACCACGCCGUCGGCCGGAGCACCUACGACGCCCUGGUGAGCGCCUGCAUCGGAGCAGGAUCGAGCAGAGACGCGAAGUUGCUCUUCCACCACAUGCUUGAGACGAGCUUCGAGUUCGACCAGUACAUUAGGAACCGCGUCCUGCUGAUGCACGUCAAGUGCGGGAUGAUCCUCGACGCUCGCCACCUGUUCGAUGAACUGACCGACAAGAACCCGAUCUCCUUCAAUAUCAUGAUCUCCGGACUCGUCGACGCAGGUGAUCACGAGGAGGCAUUCAAGUUGUUCUUGCUGCUGUGGGAGGAGCUUUCGGAUGCCAGCUCCCGGACAUUCGCGUCGGCUCUCCGAGCUGUCGCCGGAUUGGGGCGAGCAUUCUCCGGCCGGCAGCUCCACGCCUGCAUCAUCAAAAUGGGUCUUCCGGCAGAUAUCUUCAUCUCCUGCGCGCUCAUUGACAUGUACAGCAAGUGCGGCAGCAUCGCAGAGGCUCACUGGGUGUUCGACGAAAUGCCGGAGAAGACCGUCGUCGGAUGGAACACCAUCAUCGCCGGAUACGCCCUCCAUGGCUACAGUGAGGAAGCUUUGGAUGUCUACUACGAGAUGCGCCGAUCCGGAGUCAAGAUGGAUCACUUCACCUACUCCAUUAUCAUUCGAAUCUGCGCCAGGCUCGCCUCACUGGAGCACGCCAAGCAGGCCCACGCUGGACUGGUCCGCAACGGGUUUAGCCUGGAUAUUGUGGCUAACACCGCCUUGGUGGAUCUCUACAGCAAAUGGGGCAGAAUGGAGGAUGCAAGGAACCUCUUCGACAAGAUGCCUCGCAGGAAUCUCAUCUCCUGGAACGCCCUGAUCGGAGGUUACGCCAAUCACGGCCAGGGAAAGGAGGCCGUCGCCAUGUUUGAGCAGAUGCUGAGGGCAGACAUGGCCCCUAACCACGUCACAUAUCUUGCCGUUCUGAGUGCCUGCGGGUACUCGGGCCUGUCUGCAGAAGGGUGGGAGAUCUUUGAAUUGAUGACUCUGAAGCACAAGAUCAAGCCGAGGGCGAUGCACUACGCCUGCAUGAUAGAGCUGCUGGGGAGAGAUGGCCUCCUGGAUGACGCUCUUUCUCUGAUCAGAGGAGCUCCCUUUGCUCCCACUGCCAAUAUGUGGGCGGCCCUUCUCACCGCUUGUAGAAUCCACAAGAACCUGGAGCUUGGGAAGCUGGCUGCUGAGAAGCUCUACGGGAUGGAGCCGGAGAAGCUGAGCAACUACGUUGUGCUUCUGAACAUAUACUACAGGUCCGGGCGAUCAGAUGAAGCUGCCAAGGUUUUGGAAACCCUGAAGAGGAAAGGGCUGAGCCUGCACCCAGCCUCUAGCUGGAUAGAAAUAAAGAAGCAGCCCUACAGGUUUCUCUUUGCAGAUAAAUCCCACCCUCAGAGAGAUGAGAUCUAUGGAAGAUUGGACGAGCUGAUGGUGCAGAUUGCUGCAAUGGGUUAUUCCCAAGAGGAAAAGUCCUCCUUGCUCCCUGAUGUGGGGGAGCACGAGGAGCACCUGCCUAGGUAUCACAGCGAGAAGCUCGCCGUUGUUUAUGGGCUCAUGAGCACGCCGGAGGGGACUUCACUGCAGGUCGUACAGGGCCACCGGAUCUGCAGCGAUUGCCAUGGUGUGAUCAAGCUGAUAUCCAGGAUCACAGGGAGGCACAUUGUUGUUAGGGAUGCAAGCAGAUUCCAUCAUUUUAAGCAGGGUUCAUGCUCCUGUGGUGACUACUGGUGA